CGUCCCUAUCAUUUAUUAGAUAUAUACAGUGAAGCCAAUGUCUCAACCAUAUCUUCACAUGGAGAAAAUGCAGAGAACUCAUAUGGACUCAUAAUUCCAGUAACCUGCCUAAGAACCUUCCUUCUAAUAUUUCUCUUACUCCUUCUGCACUCUAACAUCGCUUCUGCUACUCAAUGGAAAAUAAGAUAUGAAAUCAUGGGCUCAUUCAGAAGUGGGAUCUUGUUUUUCUUUGUGUUACUUUUGUUUAGAACAUGUCUGGCCAAUGAUCAACACAUUCGUCAGAUAUAUCCUGGCUUCAGUGCUUCUAGACCAGAUUGGAGAGACCACAAUGGUCUUUUCUUACUAUCCAACAGCUCAGUUUUCGCUUUGGGGUUCUUAACUGCUCUUGAUGUCUCAUUGUUUGUUUUGGUUGUGAUUCACUUAAGCAGCAACAAAGUGGUUUGGACUGCCAACAGAGGCUUACUCGUUGGAGAUUCUGAUAAAUUUGUGUUUGACCAUAGUGGUAAUGCAUAUUUGGAAGGUGGGAAUGGUGUAGUUUGGGCAACGAAUACAACAGGACAAAAAGUAAAAGCCAUGGAGUUGCUUGACUCAGGGAAUUUGGUGUUGCUUGGGGAAAAUGGAACAACUAUUUGGCAAAGUUUUAGCCACCCCACUGAUACUCUUUUGCCAGGGCAAGCCUUUGUGGAAGGAAUGAGUCUCAAAAGCUUCCACAACAGCAUGAACUUGUGUCAUUAUCUUAGUUAUAUGAAAGGUGAUUUGGUUCUCUAUGCAGGAUUUGAAACUCCACAAGUGUACUGGUCCCUGUCAGAAGAAGUCUAUAGAAAUAGAAGCUCAAAAAAUAACACUGCUAAGGUUCACUCGUUGUCUUUGGUGAACAAUUCUUGGUGCUUUUAUGACAUGAAUGGGGGUUUGUUGUGGAAAACUGUGUUCUCUGAACACUCAGAUUCCAAGUCUUUGUGGUCUGCUACCUUGGAUCCAAAUGGUGCAAUCUCCUUUUAUGAUCUCAACAAAGGGAGGUCUCAUAACCCUGAAGCAGUUAAGGUGCCACAAGACCCUUGUGGCAUUCCGGAGCCUUGUGAUCCUUACUAUGUUUGCUUCUUUGAAAACUGGUGUGUGUGCCCUGGACCUCUCAAACCUUUUAAUUGCAAACCUCCCAAUAUCACAACCUGUUCCAAGAGUUCAACAGAACUUGUGUUUGUUGGAGAGGAGCUUGAUUAUUUUGCUCUCAAGUACACUGCACCGGUUUCAAAAUCAAACCUGAAUUCAUGCAAAGAGGCUUGUUUAGGAAACUGCUCAUGCCUUGUGCUUUUCUUUGAAAACAGCACUGGAAGAUGCUUUCAUUUUCAUGAGACUGGGAGUUUCCAACGCUCUAGGGGGGGCACUGGUGGCUAUGUUUCAUUCAUGAAGAUUUCAAUUGAUGGUGAUGGACAUGGCAACAGAAAUGGUAGGAAUGACACGGUGCUAGUUGUUGUCAUAGUAGUUCUCACAGUUCUUGUUAUAGUUGGUCUUAUAACAGGAUUCUGGUACUACUAUAAGAAAAAGAAGAAUGUUGCUAAGUAUCCUUUUGAAGACACUUUGGAGGAAGAUGAUUUCUUGGACGGUCUCUCUGGUAUGCCUGCUCGUUUUACUUUUAGUGCUCUUUGUAGAGCAACUAAGGAUUUCUCCACAAAAAUUGGAGAAGGAGGGUUUGGCUCAGUGUAUCUAGGUGUGCUUGAAGAUGAAACUCAAUUGGCUGUGAAAAAAUUGGAAGGUGUUGGACAAGGUGCAAAAGAGUUCAAAGCAGAAGUGUCUAUAAUUGGAAGUAUUCAUCAUGUUCAUUUGGUGAAGCUCAAAGGCUUCUGUGCUGAGGGUCCUCAUCGCCUUCUUGUCUAUGAAUACAUGUCAAGGGGUUCCUUGGACAAAUGGAUCUUCAAGAACAGUGAGAACACUUUCUUGUUGAACUGGGACACAAGGUACAACAUUGCAAUAGGCACUGCAAAAGGGUUGGCCUAUCUUCAUGAGGAGUGUGAAGUGAGGAUCAUCCACUGUGAUAUCAAGCCACAAAAUGUUCUUCUUGAUGAUAACUUCACUGCCAAGGUUUCUGAUUUUGGAUUGGCCAAACUAAUGAGCCGAGAGCAGAGCCAUGUGUUCACAACUCUAAGAGGCACAAGAGGAUAUCUAGCACCAGAAUGGAUCACUAACUAUGCAAUUUCGGAGAAGAGUGAUGUGUUCAGCUAUGGCAUGUUGUUGCUUGAGAUAGUUGGAGGGAGGAAGAACUAUGAUCAAUGGGAAGGAGCAGAGAAGGCACAUUUUCCUUCUUAUGUGUUCAGAAUGAUGGAGGAAGGGAAACUGAAAGAGGUUCUUGAUCCAAAGAUAGAUAUUGAUGAGAAGGAUGAAAGGGUUGUAGUUGCUCUAAAAGUUGCUCUUUGGUGCAUACAGGAUGAUGUGAAUUUGAGGCCUUCCAUGACUAAGGUAACUCAAAUGCUUGAAGGUUUGUGCCUUGUGCCUGAUCCACCCUCAUUAUCUCAAUCAGGUACAUUUUCAGCUUUCAUGAAAUUGAGUAGUGGAGAAGCUACUAAUUCAUCGGGACAGGCUAGUUUUUUUAGUAAUGUACCCAUGUCGUGUGUUCAAUUAUCAGGACCAAGAUGAAUGAGAUCAAGUACAAGUAGCUAGAUGAAUCAUGUAUAGUUUCAUGUUUGAUUUGAAUUAUAUGUACAUCUAAAAAUUUGGCAGGUUUGGUCAUGUCAUGAUGUCAUGUCAUUGGGUUUAUAUUAGAAAUCCUUUGGAAUUUUUAAUUUAAUGAAAAGAUGGCAGAAUGGAACUU